AUGGCAUUUUUCCAACUAGCUCUGAAAGCCAGAAAAUUAGAAAAGGUCAGGCAAACAUAUGAGGAUGAGAAGAUUUUGUCAAUCGACAUCGCAAAAGGUGCAAAACCGCGGUACACAUUGAAACAACGGUUUCGUCGCAGAAGACUAUGGUUUAAGAAGAAGUUGAAGCAUAUUCUUAGCAAAAUUUUUGAUGUCAUCCCGAAAGACGCAUGGAUAUAUAAAAAGUACAUUGCGAUUCGUACCGAGGAUACGUGGGAAAAUUACGUAGCGAAGAGUUUCUUGGGAUUUACUGGAGGCGUAAUUUUGACAUGUAUCGUGUUUCUGUUGUUGCCACAGUUUUUCUCGAAACGGGGCAGGCAAGCCUUAAUGGCGUACGCUUUUAUUUUAGCGUUAACCGGACCGAUAAGGAAUACUAUACACAAUACUGCCGUGCUGUCAGAAUCAUUGGCUUGUGCACAAGAACAAUUAAGAGAAGCAGUAAAAACCAUCGUAGAUUUGGCGAAACAACCAUUUUACGCUCUACGACAAGCUAUAUCAAAAAUUAUAAAGACCGUUAAGGUCGUCGUGAAAAAAAUCAAGCAAACACUUAUUGCGAUUAAGAGAUUAGUGCUCAGUAUACUUAGAGUCAUUACUUCGGUAUUCCAAUGGCUUGGAAGCGUAAUAAAUAUGUGUAACAAGAAAUUAGGCACGCCUUACGACAGAUGCCAGAGUGUCUUCGAAGGAGCGGUUGCAGAUUGUAAAGCGAAAUUGGGACCGAUCCUAGGGACCGUUUGCAACAUAACUUAUAUAGUCAGUGCACUCUGCUACGUAGUGAAACCGUUAGACUUUAUUUGCAUGCUCGUCUCUUAUAUAGCUGAUACCGUAGUGGGUGUCGUACGCAAUAAAAUUAAGCAGUUUACGAUGCAUGUGAAAGCUAUGUUCUACGUGAAAGUUAAAUUCUCUCAUUCGUUUCAUUUUGAGACGAACCAAAGUAAAACGAUAGAAGAAGUUUCCUCGGGUAUUGCUACAGAAAUACGAUCGAGGAGUGAUAAACUCUUCGGGUUCUUCGACUUGGUCAGCUUCGUCACGUCAUUUUUCGUUUUCUUCAUUGUACUCAGGGUGUUGCAUUACCGCUACAAAUGGUUAACUAAUGAGCGUUUUGACAAUCGAUAUAUAACUGAUAAUCUGCGUACGAUUGAUUUGGUACGAGCUCGUCAAGACAAAGAAACGGUGUUGCCUUUGAAUUCACGAGAACGAAAUAGAUACGCGCCUCUAUCUUCCAUAAUGUUAAUCAAACCCGAAAAACAGAAAUUAGCGAGCAAUGUUAGAAACGAGAAUUGCACUUUUAAGGUCGAACGACCAAGCGUGGUGACCAUCCACGUAUCAGGAGAAGGAUAUCUGUCUGAACUUUAUACAAGUAUCGUAAAAGCGUUCACGCCUGGCGGGAAAGAAGCAGAAAUCGACACGAUGUUAUGUCUUCCUGAUCCGAUACCCCCUGAUACAGAUAAAUACGUUCAGAUCAUUGUCUUGAUAUUUUUCUGUUGGUCCAUGGCAUUUUUUGAACCAUACGGUUUGAGAUUGAGGCACAUCGUCAUGUCUCAGUAUUAUCCUGACAGGGCGAAGCAGAGAGCAGCUUGGUUGUACAAUCACAUUCUUAGAACGAGAGGGAGCUUUUUAAAAUUCGCCAGACGUCAGCUACGUCGGAAAUUCGGUCUAAUCAAAAGCGAAAAAACAGAAAAAGUAACUUUGAAGGAACGAUUGUGGGCAAUGUUCCCUUUUUUGAAUACCCUGUUCCCAUUGAAACAAAACGUUUGCCUUCUGUGCGGCGCAGUCGAACGUUCUGCGGAUAAUCCACAUAUUCGAUGUCCGACCCCUGGAUGCAUUGGAUUAUUCUGCGCACAGUGCUUCGCAGAUUUGCAGAAUUUAUGUACCAUAUGUCGGGCACCGAUGGAAUACGGCGACUUGUCCGAUAUGAGUGAGGAAAAGGACUCCUCGGAUGAUCAAUAUGAAAUACCAGUAAUAAAACCUGAAAUAAAAAAAGAAAAAGAAUUGGAAGUUAAGAAGGAAGAAGAAGAGGAAAGAGUAGAAGAAGAAGAAGUAGAAGACGAGGACGAAGACGAAGAAGAAGAUGACCGAAUAGAAGAUGAAGAAACAGAAGAAAAAUUGGAAGUUAAGGAAAGGGAAGAAAAGGAAAGAGUAGAAAGAGUGAAAGAAAAGAUUGAGGAAGAAGAGACAGUAGAAGAGAUCGAAAAAGACAUAGCUGAACAGACGGAAGACAAAUAUUUGAAAGAUUUAGACAGAAGUACCGAUUCUACUCUCAGUUACACGUAUCAAGAGGAAUCUCCAGAGGAAGUGGAAAUUGUGAAACGGCGAAAAUCGUUCAAAGACGUGGAAGCGCAGAAGAUUAGAGACGACGUAACAAUUCAAAUAUUUAACGAGCCAUUCAUAAGGGCUCCAUGCUCUAGCAGCGACUCGCCGACAUCAGGUUUCGUCGUCAGAGCGCGUAGAAAAAUUCGCGGCAAAUUGAAAAGUCGACCAUGUAGCACAGCAAAAGAUUCAGAUUCAUCGACUUCGAUAGCUGACACGGAAUCCUACUCGACCGAAGAUCUCGAUGAAGAAGAAAUAAUACACAUCGAGGUUGGCGACAGCUCGGAAGAAUUACUUCCAAGGAGUCGGAAGGAUAAACAGAAACUAAGUCGUAUAAAUAGAAUUGUCAAUGCGGUUGCAAGAAUUCCAUGGCUCGGUAAAGAAGUAUGAGUUAUCCUGAAUAUCUCUGAAUUUAUUUCAUAUUUUUAUAGUUCAGC